AUGACCUCAGCAUCCAGGCCCACCUUUGAACCUGCGCGUGGUGGGAGAGGUAAAGGAGAGGGAGACCUGAGUCUUCUCUCCAAGCAGUACUCAAGUAGAGAUCUUCCUUCUCACACAAAGAUCAAAUACAGAAAGACAACCCAGGAUGCUCCCGAAGAGGUCUGUCACCGAGAUUUCAGAAAGGAACUGGCAGAGCGAGAGAGAGUUGCUGCAAGGGUGAAAAAUGGAGAUCGUCCAAAUUGGGCAAACUCAUCCCCUGUGUCGAAAAAGCCUCGGUUGGCUCAAAUCUCUGUGGCAAACCUCGAUGCAGAUGACCCUCUCACAGACGAGGAUGAGGAAGAUGAGGAAAGUGAGGAUGACGACACAGCGGCCCUUCUGGCUGAACUGGAGAAGAUCAAAAAGGAAAGGGCUGAAGAAGAGGCCCGCAAGGAGCGAGAGGAAAGGGCGGAAAAGGAGAGGAUUAGAUCGGAGAAUGUUCUAAAUGGAAAUCCUCUAUUGAAAUUCACUGGCCUGGCCCAGCCUCAGUCGAACUUUAAAGUAAAGAGAAGGUGGGAUGAUGAUGUCAUCUUUAAGAACUGUGCUAAAGAGGUUAAAGGCUCCAAAAGGGACAAAAAAUUUGUCAAUGAUACUUUGCGAUCUGAAUUUCACACUAAGUUUAUGGAGAAGUAUUUCAGGUAG